UAUUCUCAUCUCUCUCAUUUAACUAUUAGUCAGCGAUUCCUCUCUCUCUCUCUUACACUCUCAGAUCCUCUCACCAAAUCAGAAGGUUUAAAAGAUGCCGUCAACGCCGCCUACAACUCCGAUCACGACGUCGUAUUGGUGUUACAGCUGCACGCGAUUCGUCAGCGUCUGGGCUGAACAAGGCACCACCAACGGCCUCGCUUGUCCUCACUGCGACGGCGGUUUCAUCGAACAAGUCACCGAUUCCUCCACCGCCGCCGCCGAAUUAGCCUCCCCAGCUUCCACCGAAGUUAGAUCGAUCAACAGCAGCCGUAGAUCCGUGAUUAGACGGCGGAGAUCCAGUCGCCGCCCUUCCUUUAACCCAGUCAUCGUUCUCCAAGGAGGCGCCGGCGAGGGAGAGGAAGGAGACGCGGCUAGAGACCGACGCGCUUUCGAGUUUUACUACGAUGACGGAUCCGGAUCGGGCCUCAGACCGCUUCCGGAUUCAGUAUCCGAGAUCCUGAUGGGAUCGGGAUUCGAGCGGUUGCUCGAGCAGCUGAGUCAAAUCGAGGCGACGGGCGCGGGACUCGGCAGAUCCGGAAACCCGCCGGCGUCGAAAUCGGCGAUUGAGUCUUUGCCCAGAGUCGAAAUCUCCGAUUGCCAUAUAACCGCUGAGGCGAACUGCGCGGUUUGUACCGAGGUUUUCGAGGGGGAGACGGAGGCGCGUGAGAUGCCGUGUAAGCACAUUUUUCACGAGGACUGCAUCGUGCCGUGGCUCUCGAUCCGAAACUCGUGCCCGGUCUGCAGAUUCGAGAUUCCUUCGGAGUCUAACCAACGGAGCAGCGAGGAGGGUGAUAGCGCCGUGGGGAUGACGAUAUGGAGACUCCCCGGAGGGGGGUUUGCUGUCGGGAGGUUUAACGCGGCGAUGAGAGAUGGGGAGAGAGUGUUGCCUGUUGUGUUGACGGAGAUGGAUGGUGGUGGGCUUGGUGGGAACAGCGAGGGGCCUAGACGGAUCUCGUGGGUUAGAGGUAACGGAGCGGUUGAAUCAGAUGGUAGUAACGGUGGUGGAUCCGGGUCGGGAGGGAGGUUGAGACGGAUGGUUCGUGGGAUGGUUUCGUUGAUGAGGAGAGUGAGACCAAACCGUGGGUCUAAUUCCUCUUCUGCUGCUGUUUCAGCUUCGGACAGUGAAGUGGAAUCUAGAGUUAUGGAUCGGUCUAAUUCAGUGCUGAGGAGAUACUUUGGGCGAAACAGAAGUAACAGAGGUUCUUCGGUUCUGCAUUGAUAUAUAAUGGUUUGUUAUUCAAGAGUGUAUAUAUAAGAGUUCAGAAGAAAGAUUGCAACUCAAGUUUUAUAUUUAAAAUUCGAUUGAUUCUUCGUAUGUUACAUUACAUCAAAAUUUCUCAACGAUCGAUCAUUCAAGUUUUCAUA